AUGCCCCACAGCGACCUCUCUCCCGGCGGCUCGCGGGCGGCGCCUUCUUCUCCUCCCCUAACCCCCCGCAGCGACUGUCUGUACAGACACACCAGCGCAGCAGCAGCAGCAGCAGCAGCAGCAGCAGCAGCAAACAGCCGCAUGCGCAGGGCCUCUGCCUUCCAGCGAACAAAAAACAGCCUCAUAGCGGCUUCCGAGCCCUUCCUGGCUCCUCAGCGGGGGGCCCCCCAGGGGGCCCCCCUGGGGGCCCCCCAGGGGGCCCCCCUGGGGGCCCCCCUGGGGGCCCCCCUGGGGGCCCCCCUGGGGGCCCCCAGGGGGUCGUGCCAGGGGCCUCCUGCGGCAGAGGGGCCCCUGGGGGCCCCCCUGCCCUGCAGCGCGGACGCAGACCUAGUGGAGAGGAUGAGCAACUUGGACUUUGGGGGGCCCCCCAGGGGCCCCCCAGGGGGGCCCCGGCGAGGGCUGAGGGCCCCGGGGGCCCCCGGGGGGCCCCCUGAGAGGGGCCGGCGGGGUCGGAGAGAGGGUACUGAUCAGGGGGGCCCCUGGGGGGCCCCCUGGGGGGCCCCCUGGGUGUCUGGGGGCAGCUGCGUCUCGCGCGCUGGCAGCCGGAGAAGCUCGAGGGGCCCCCGGCUUCCUUGCUUCCCGGAUUUGAAUGUGUUUCAGCAGCAGCAGCAGCAGCAGCAGCAGCAGCAGCAGCAGCAGCAGCAGCAGCAGCAGGGGAUGUCUCCAGUGUCUGUGUCGGGCAGCUGCAGCGAGGGGCCCCCCUUCUCGAGCCCGCGGGGCCCCGAGGACCUGAGCACGAGCGCCACUCUUCCGUUGGACACUUCUGCUGCUGCUGCUGCUGCUGCUGCUGCAGCAGGAGCAGCAGCAGCAGCAGGAGCAGCAGCAGGAGCAGCAGCGGCGCCGGUGCAGCCGUACGAGGCGCAGAAGCUGCAGCAGCUGGGCCCGGCAGCGGCCGCGGCGCCCGCGGCAGCAGCGCAGCAGCAGCAGCAGCAGCAGCAGCAGCAGCAGGUGUGGGGCCGUUUUUUGGGGUGUCUGUACAGCUGCUGCUGCGCAGCGCGGCUGCUGCUGCUGCUGAGCGUGGCGAGCACGUGUGGGGUGUGGCUGCUGCUGCUGUUCGUGUGGCUGCUGCGGGACGUGUGGCAGCAGGAGCAGCAGCAGCAAGGAGCAGCAGCAGCAGCAGCAGCAGCUUGCAGGCAGCAGCACCGCGAAAACCGCUGCGAAACCCUCAAACCCUUACCCCCCCUUCUUGCUGCUCCCUGCGAAGAGUGGCGCCGCUGCUUCCUCUCCAAACCCUCGAGCCACGGCCAGACCGCAGCAGCAGCAGCGCAGGUCUUCGCCCGCGUCCUCAACGCCUUCGUCCUCACGCUCCACUGGCGGACGCUCCUCGCGGUCGUGGCGUUUUUGUGGCUAAGCAUUUACGGCUUUAAAGCUGUGUACAACGCACUCGGCGUGUCCGCCCGACAGCAGCAGCAGCAGCAGCAGCAGCAGCAGCAGCAGCAGCAGCAGCUGCAGCAGCUGCUGCUGCAGCAGCAGCAGCAGUGGGCCGCGUACCCCGUCCAGAGCCUGACUCUGCAGCAGCAGGCGCCGCAGGGGCCCUGCGAGCUGCUGCUGCAGCCCAAGCAGCAGCAGCUGCUGCUGCAGCAGCUGGAACACGAGAGACUCGUGCUGCAGCAGCAAGUCCUCAGAGGCGCAAGUCCGCAGCUGCUGCUGCAGACUCUGGGCCGCCAAGACGCCAUACAGCGGGAGCUGGCGUUCUUAAUAGAGGCGGAGCAGCAGCAGCAGCAGCAGCAGCAGCAGCAGUACGCGUACUGGGAGCAGCAGCAGCGCAGCAGCAGCAGCAGCAGCAGCAGCAGCAGCAGCAGCAAGGGCAGCAGCAGCAGACCUGGGUUUUUCAGAGCCCUCCGCAGCAGCUAUGUCUUCAAGUUUUUGCUGCUGCUGUGGCUGGUGUAUGGGUGCGUGGUGGGGUGUAUGUACACCUGGAAGCACCAGCUGCUGGAGCAGCAGUGGCGGUGGGCCACGGAGGGCUUCUGA